GGCGGGAGGAGCCGCGCUCCGGAGCGGGAGGGAGAUCCGCCGCCGAGUUACGGGAAAGUUGGUCCGAGUGCUCGGAGUUUCCCUCUGUGGUUGCCCGGGGUCGGCCGGCCGGUGUCCCGGCUCUUUUCCGCCCUUCGGCCUUCGCCGUGCAUCAGGUCCCCCCUUCCUGCCCCCGGCCGCCAUGGAGCAGCCGCCGGCGCCCAAGAGUAAACUAAAAAAGCUGAGUGAAGACAGUUUGACUAAGCAGCCUGAAGAAGUUUUUGAUGUGUUAGAGAAGCUUGGUGAAGGGUCUUAUGGAAGUGUAUUUAAAGCAAUACAUAAGGAAUCUGGUCAAGUAGUUGCAAUUAAACAAGUACCUGUUGAGUCAGAUCUUCAGGAAAUAAUCAAAGAAAUUUCCAUAAUGCAGCAAUGUGACAGCCCAUAUGUUGUAAAGUACUAUGGCAGUUAUUUUAAGAACACAGACCUCUGGAUUGUCAUGGAGUAUUGUGGAGCUGGCUCGGUCUCAGACAUAAUUAGAUUACGAAACAAGACAUUAACAGAAGAUGAAAUUGCAACCAUUCUCAAAUCUACACUGAAAGGAUUAGAAUAUUUGCACUUUAUGAGAAAAAUACACAGAGAUAUAAAAGCUGGAAAUAUUCUCCUUAAUACAGAAGGACAUGCAAAAUUGGCAGAUUUUGGGGUGGCUGGCCAGCUAACAGAUACAAUGGCAAAACGCAAUACUGUGAUAGGAACUCCAUUUUGGAUGGCUCCAGAGGUGAUUCAAGAAAUAGGCUAUAACUGUGUGGCCGACAUCUGGUCUCUUGGCAUUACUUCCGUAGAAAUGGCUGAAGGAAAACCCCCUUAUGCUGAUAUACAUCCAAUGAGG